AUGGCGGAGGACACUCCCUACGCCCCUAAGUCGCCGGACCUCUCUUCUUUUUUUUCGGCAGCACCCGCCCCGCCUACGCCUCCACAGCACAAUCUGCAGCACAACCAGCAGCACCUGGACCUGAACAAGCUGCAAACUCCAGGACCUGUGCCGCCGGUAUAUGAAUACUCCUCCCCCUCGUCGCGCGCCUACCAACCUCACCAGUCGACUUCUACUCCUGUACACAUCAAACAGGAGCAGCCCCACUACCCACCCUCAGCGGCAAUCAAAUCCGAAUAUUCCUCUUAUCAGCCACCACUGCAAACCCACCACCACCACCAGCACCAUCACCAGCCGCAUCAGCAGUACCUUUCCCCCCAGUACCAUCAGCCGCCACCGCCGCAACUGCAGCAGCAGCAGCAGCAGCAGCACCUUUCUCCGCAACAACCCCCACUAAGUCCAUAUGGGCAUCAACCGGUUAAAUAUCAAGACCAAUCCAAUCAACAAUAUCUACCACAAACACCCCAGAGCCAACCGCAUUUCGAUAUAAAGCAAUACGCCGGCACACCUGCACUCUACGACAUUCCAUACAACCCCAACCCAGACGCCCAGCACCUGCCUCAAACACCAGGUUCAGUCACAAUGCCCCCCAGGAAGAACACACAGUCGGCUCCGUCGCCGCCCCCAAUUGACCCCUCCCCAGUCCGGACAAAGUUCCCCACUGCGAGGAUAAAGCGCAUUAUGCAGGCCGAUGAGGAAGUCGGCAAGGUGGCCCAGCAGACUCCCAUUGCCGUGGGUAAGGCUUUGGAGUUGUUCAUGAUCGCUGUUGUCAGCAAGAGCGCAGAGAUCGCGAAGGAGAAGAACUCUAAGCGAGUCACCGCACAGAUGCUCAAACAGGUCAUUGAGACGGAUGGACAAUACGACUUCUUGGCCGAUAUCGCUGCUAAGGUCGGCGACGAAGAGAAAAGAGGUGGCCGCUCCAAAGCUGACACGGAGAGCGACGAGGAGAUGGAAGUUGAGACAAAGAAGAAGGGCAAAGGUGGCCGCAAGAAGAAGGCCGCAUAA